AUGAGAUCCGCUCGAGACGCAAGAGCUUCCUGGGAACUGCUCGAACAGGCAAAGAGCCUCGCCGACCUGCGUGCCGCCGUUGGCCUUGGCUCCGCGCCCGCUACUCUCGUGGGCGGCCAGCGUUCCGCGUGCUGGAAGGCAUUCCUCUUGUUCGAGAACGUCGACCACGCAGAAUGGCCCUCCACCCUUGCCGAGUCGCGUUCCGUGUACGAUUCCCUCCGCGCCCACUUCCUGCGCGCCAUCGAGAACCCGGACGAGCUCGAAUCCGCCCUGGACCCGCUCAGCGAGAACGAUGAAUCCCCUUGGGUUGGUCUGCGCAAAGAUGAAGCCCUGCGCGCCGAGAUAUUCCAAGAUGUCGACCGCUGCAUGCCCGACAACACCUACUUCCGCCACCCCGACACCCAGCGAAUGCUGCUCGACAUCCUGUUCAUAUUCUGCAAGCUGAAUCCCGAUGUAGGCUACAAGCAGGGUAUGCACGAGGUGCUUGCCCCCAUACUGUGGGUUGUCGAGAGGGAUGCUGUGGACCCGAAGGAGGCCGGCGUCAACAACCGCACCCACCACAAGGAUUUGCUGCUUGACAUGUGCGACUCGCGCUUCAUCGAGCACGACACCUUCACGCUGUUCGGCCUGGUCAUGCAGAACGCAAAGGCGUACUACGAGCCUUCCAGAACGAGCCAGUCCAGUGACUCACCAAUGCUUGUGAAAUGCCGUCACAUCUUCGAAAGGCUCCUUCCGAAAGCAGAUCCCGAAUUGGCAGAUCAUCUCAAGGAAAUCGAGGUUGCACCCCAGAUGUUUCUGAUGCGCUGGAUGCGGUUGCUUUUCGGUCGCGAGUUUCCGUUUGACGACGUCCUUCCUAUGUGGGACCUCAUGUUCGCCGCCGACCCUUCUCUGGAAAUCGCCGACUACGUGUGUGUAGCUAUGCUCCUUCGUGUCCGUUGGGAGUUACUCGACGCUGAUGCGAAUAUGGCCAUUACAAUCUUACUACGGUACCCGCAACCACGCAAGGAUGACCCUCCGCGGACUUAUGUGCAAGAUGCGGUACAAUUGAGUGAGAAGCUCAACUGGGAAACCGCAAGCCAGAUUGUCAAGAACUACACAGGCCGUGUGCCUGCUCGACCUCAACAGCGGCCAGAGACACCUCAGGAACAGACCUCUCCUCAGCGGCAGCUGUCUCCAUUCAAGUUCCAUGCUCAGUCGAUGUCACCGUCGGGAAGCAUCGAGACAAUAAUACAAGAUGCGGCCCGAGGAAUACACAAGACUGGAGAGAAAUGGGGUGUUAACAAGACCAUAAGAGACGCCGUCGGCGACUUCCGCAAGAACGUCCAAGGAAUACAGUCAGGUCGCAAUGCUCCUACCUUCAGGUCACUGAUAACUGGGGAAGCCAACAAAGCAACCGACUCUACGGCAUUGUUGAGCAAGAUCGAGUACUUGGAAGAGCGUAACAAGUCGUUGGCAAGGAUGCUCGAAGAGUCGGUCUCUGAACUAUGGGAGUGUCAGAAGGAUGCGUUGGAUGGAAAGGGCUCUGAGAAGAAGGCCAUAGAGUCUUUAAGCCUUGCCAUCGCAAAAGUGCAGGUCAUGCAAGUGUACCUCGAAGACUACAGCAUCCCACUUCCGGCGGAUGACCCGGCCCCCUUCGAAGAAUCGCCUCCAAAAUCGACGCUGGCAGAGGUAAGCGAGGAGCCAUCGGUCCCAUCAAGUGAAGAUGCCAGCAUGACGAUCGCACCGACUUCAGACAAGCCAGCCCCAGCCCCCACCAGCCGCAAAUCCACACCAACGACGGCGCCGCACUCUGCCACAAUCAACAGCCGCCCCGCGAGCAUCGCGAGCCCAACAGAGUCCGCCUCAUCCUCCCAGACCCUCGCCCGCAACUUCUCACCCGGAUCCCGGACGCGCCCCACCCUCGCCUCGUCAUCCUUCUCGUGGAUGCUGGGCGGCCAAGAGCCAGACGCCACGACGCCGGCCUCGAGCUUCGCCGCAGCCUCGCAGCUCAGCACGUUCCAGCCGCUCGAGAAGCGCGAGCGCCGCCGCAACAAGCCCACGGGCGGCGGCGGCGGCGCGGCCGGCAAGCGCGGCGCCUCGGGCGGCAGCGGCGGCAACGCGUACUCUGGAGAGGCGGGCGGCGGCGGCGGCGACGACGACGGAGACAAGUCGUUCCUGUUCGGGGACGACGAGUUCAUGAGCGGGCCGAUGGGGCCGGGCUCCACGGCGAGCAAGAGGGCGACGAAGAAGGGCAAGGACACGGUGUUGUUGAGGGAGGUGUUCGAUCUGGAUGAGGUCGGUGGGGGUGCGGGUGCGGGUGCGGGUGCGGGGCGGAAUGUUGGGAGUGAGGCGGGUGGUGGUGGUGGCGGCGGCGGUGGUGUGAAGGUCAAGGCGGGCGGAGGGGAGUGA